GCUAGGCUUCAACCUCCAGAGCUCAGAGGGGAGUUCACGCGCGAUUUCACAACGUGCCCCGCAACAUGCGACCAGCAGCGCCCUGUCGAGCUUGGUGAAUUCCUUGACAAUUGACCACGAUCGUUCGUGGCGUGUCCAAAUCCCUCAAGGGAUGAUGGAGCACUCUGGAUGUGGCGCACCGUCACCCUCCAGGCCACGACACCAUCCUUCUUAACGUUCGUCAAAACUCUCUCCUCCUCACUCUUCAUCAUCCUCUCUGGACGACUCAUUACUCGAUCUCCUCAACCUCCUCAAUCUCAUCGGCCACCCCCUCGACCCCCUCCGUACUGGUGUCCGCCCAAACAGCCCAAUCGCAUUCUCUCUCUCGGCGAGGAUGUGUCAAUGCAUGUCAUGGACGCCCUGCCCGACGACGACGUCUUCGUUCUCGAAUGGGUGGGCUGCACGUUGCGUGAUAUGACAGUGAGCUAUCCCGUCGUUCUUGAGCAUCACUUUCCUCGGGUGUCACUCAAAAUGUGAUAGAUAACGCUCUAACCAUGCAGGACGCCUACUGGAAGUCGCGCGUUCGGAAGACGUUCACCAGCUGCCCCCAGCUCCUCCUUCACCCGCCGCGCCAGCCUCGCCCGGAAGAGCACUAUUGGCGCCG